CUGCACCGUGGCUAUUUAAAUCACCGCCAAAAAGGAAGAGCUUCAUUUAAUCAAAUCAUCAAUGGAGCUUUCAAGAUCCCCAAUCAUUGACUUCUCCCAUCUACACAGUCCCAACCCUGAAACCAGAGCCAAAGCCAUCGACCAAAUUGCCACCGCCUGCCGAACCUUCGGUUUCUUCAACGUGAUUAACCAUGGCAUCAGCGACGAAACCAUACGAGACGCCGUGGACGCGAACAGGAGGUUUGAAGAAGCUCCACCGGAAGUGAAGGAGGCCCUGAAAUCCGGCGACGUUUACCAGCCGGUGAGAUUUGGUACGGUGCUGGAUAGCAGGGGAGGCCAUGGAAGUGGUUGUGGGACGUUCGUCAGGGAUUUCCUCAAGCUUUAUAGCUUCCCCUUGGAAGAUUGGAUCGAGUUUUGGCCGUCGUAUCCCACAGAUUACAGGUCAAAGAUGGGGAAGUACAGCAAGGAAACAAGGAACCUCAGCAUUUCACUUCUCAAACCGAUGCUGGAAAGCCUCCACAUAACUGAUCCAUCGCCACUGCUCCACAAAGUCACUUCUGAAGGAAUGCAGAUGAUGGCCGUCAACCAUUACCACACUGGGCUGCAGCAGCAGCUCUCCAAUUCUGCAGCCCAAAUUGGGAUCCCUCCACACACAGACCACACCUUGAUCACUGUCCUGCUUCAGACCAGCCCCGGCCUCCACGUUUUGGAUCCCACCGAUGGCAAUUGGAAAGAGGCCGUUGCCCCAUCAGAAAUUAUACAAGGUGGUGCGCAGAAUACGUUGCAGGUUCUUGUUGGGGACCAGCUUGAGGUAUUGAGCAAUGGGAGGUACAGAGGAGCUGUGCAUCGUGUAUCUCAAUGCUCACCUGACAAUUGCAGCAGGAUUUCCGUGGCGAGUUUGCUUAGCUUUGGCAUGGAUGAAGUGGUGGAACCGGCUGCAGUAAUGGAUGGUGAUGAGUUGUUGAAGCCAUUGUAUAAGGGUAGAAGUUUGAGGGACCUGAUUAACCACCUUGCCUCUGGAGAGAAACUGCCCUUCAUUGAGACUCUCAGGAUCAUGGGUUGAUCGAUGUUGGAGGUGUACUGUGGUAACAUUAGAAUGGUUCUGCUGAGGAUAUUUCGGUUGAGUUAGCAUCUUUGGUAUACAAGAAUAAUGUCACCUAAAGUGUCUGAUCAAUAAUACCCAAGACGAUAUAAUGAGUGCUUGUUAUGAGAGGAAGUUUGUUCCCUUGAAAACUUACUAGAGCAAUUGGUGGAUGCAGGAAUUGACACACAAUGCCAAUUGAUUAGUCGAUUGAUUUGUCUAGUGUUAAUGCUGCUCGUUUCAACAACUACUACGAAGAGAACCUUUUUAACAAUGAAAUAUGUGAGAACUGAUUUGCUCAACAAAAUGAGCGAUGAAUUUCUUGCCGAUUGCUCAAGUAUUUUAUUUGAAACCGUGUAUACUAUUGGUAUGGAUGUAGGCUCCAUUAUUGAUGCAUCACUAAAUUAAAAUACCGUCGUAUACAAUUUACAUUGGAAAAAAACUAUAAUCAUUAUGUUUUUUUACUAUUCAAUUUUCUAAUGAAACUCGGCCCAGUGCUCUUCUGUGUUCUGGAUUCGCCGCUGGUACACGUAUAUAAAGAGUUGGUGAAACAAAGAAGAGUGAACACACUAUCAGUAAUAAUGGUUUUAGUUGGGUAGUUGCUGAAUGGAUAAAAACAGAUCGAGGACGUGCCGUCAAACCAACUCUGAUACCAUGUCAUAAACCAGUUUGUCUUAGUAACUCGAGUUGUUGUACCGCAACAAAAAUUAGUUUUUGCA